UAAUGAUUUAUUUGACGAAGGACAACCUUUGAGGUCUGUUUGCAGUGCAUGCUGGGUAAGUGUCUCUGAGCAGUGGGCUUGUGCAACUGGUUGGAUGAGUUUUGGUGACUGAAUUAGCUCCAGCAGAGAAGAGCACACUGCAGAGCUCAUGGCAGCAGCAGCAUCCAACCCUCUGACUACUCACGUGCUGAACACAGGAAAUGGCAUCCCCGCAGCCAAGAUGGCAGUCAGCCUGCAUCGCCUAGACUCCGAGCUGAUGAUUUGGAACAUGCUGAGUGUCGGGACAACAAAUGAAGAUGGCCGCUGCCCAGGACUCAUCAGCGCUGAAGCUUUCAUCUCCGGCAUGUACAAGCUGCGCUUUGAGACUGGUUCAUACUGGGAGGGUCUGGGUCAGACCUCCUUCUAUCCGUAUGUAGAGGUUGUGUUCACCAUCACUGAUCCGCAGCAGAGGUUCCACAUCCCAUUAUUGAUGAGUCGGUUCUCCUACAGCACCUACAGAGGAAGCUGAAAUGGAACAUUACAGAUUUUUCUCUCUCAAGUGCAAAACACUUUACAACAGCAGACAGAACAAGGUCAUGGCCAUGAAGUAUAUCUCACACAUAAAUACUAAGAAACAGGUAAAUAAAUUAGAGUUAUGCAUUUGGUAGGCUACACUUAACCAACAAGGCCCAUGUUUACACACAGCCUACGUUACAGUUGACGGCUUUUCUAUUCCCUGAGAUACGUUUUUAAUUUCAUUCAUCAGAGUAGAACUUAUCUUUAUUAUUUUUGUUCCAAAAGCAGAGCUCAGCAGAGCUCAGAGGACAAGCUGCUGCAGCUUCAACACCUUGACCCAGCCAUGGACAUAGAUGGAAGGUCACAUCUAUUUAUUCAUUUCUUAUUGAUAUUAAAGGUUUCAUUGAGUAAAAAAAUGUGAAGCAUCUGCCAUAGCUGAAAUCAUUACCUGACUUAAUUUUCCUACUUUAGAUGUAUUAUCUAAUUAGACAGAGAUAAUGGUUCAAUAUUGCAGUCUAAAAGCAUGGCACUGAAAAUACAAAUUAUCACUAAAAUGGUAAUUUAUCUGGGGAGUACUUAAAUAUUUCAUAUUGUAAUGACAAAUAUAUUGUUAUCUGUUUACUCCACACGGCUGUGUAAUUUUAUCCCAGUGUGCCUAGAUGAUCAAUUUACAUACAAGUCAUAGAGAGGUUUGAUGAUGGAUAUAGAAAAUGCCAAAUUAUAGAUCAAUUAUACCAUUGGUCUGUGAAUUAAGGCAGUUCCCUUGUUGUUUUUUUUAUAUACAAAAUCAUGUAUUUUGGACUGUUGGUCAGACAAAGACCCAUGAAUGCUAACAUGGGCUUCAGGAAAAUCAUCAAGGACAUUUUCACUGUUUUCUGACCUUCUGUCUUCUGUUCUUUCAGGCUCUGAACAAUUAAUCAAUUAAUAGAGGUUGCAUCAUUAACAGUUCUCCUGUGAUGAAAUAGUAUGGCCCUGCACAAUAAUUCUGAUAAUUGUUUUACACUCAGAACUAGUGGAAGAGGUUUCUUAAAAUACUACUUUUAAACCAAAGGAGCAAAAUAUAAACUGUGAUGUUCAGUCCUGUUUUAAUGUGACUGUAUGUGUGGUUUAACAGAUAAAAACAAGAUGGGGGAUGGAGAACCUCUUGCAGAUGAAUAAAGAGUAUUUCAGUGGU